AACUCCAAUCGAGACAAAAUGGCGGCUGCAUUUCCUUCUGAAAGAAGCACGAAAGAUGUAAUAAAUUCGAUAUUAGAUGAUUAUGAAAAAUUAACCAAAGAAUUAUUCGAAAGUUUGUCUGCAACUUCAUUGUAUCGAACAACAAAGCAAGAUGCUAAUUCAGGAGAAACAGCAAAGGCCGUCGAUCAACUUAUUUCCAAGGAGAAAGAACUGCAAGCAGCUAUCGAGAAAGUUCAGGAGCAGCAAGCACGACAACAGGAAAUCCAAACUGUGAGGGAAGAAAUAUCAAAGAAAGAUCGGGAAAUACUUAACCUUGAAUCCCAGCUAAAGGAAGCUGAAAAAAUAUUGUCCCAGGCAUUAUUUCAAGCAAAGAAAAAGUUGUCUGCCAUUAAUCAGGCCAGUAAAGGAAUGGUUUCAUCUGAAGACCUUAUCAAGUAUGCUCAUCGAAUCAGCAGCAGCAACGCUGUGGAGGCCCCAGUAUCAUGGAUGCCAGGUGACCCACGGAGACCAUAUCCUCAAGAUAUUGAGAUGCGAUCUGGCUGGCUAGGGAAACUCAUGGAAGGUGUGCCUGGUGAAACUGAAGGACCUGGGGCUGAUCGUUCAGCUCCUCAGGAAGUGGUCCAGUCGUCUGCCUCUGCAUCACAGAUGCUGCAGCCUACUGGUGGACUGGGCCUCACAAAUGGUCAAGCAGCAGCAUUUUCCUGGCAAAGCCAGCUUCCAGGAGUGCAGUCUGGACCUUUACAGCAAGAUGCAUCUUCCAGUUUGGAUAUCCUAACAAACAAUCUGACAAAGGAAGUGACCAAUGGUAGACAAGAACAAGGUGUGGAUGAAGUAGAGUUCAUGUCAUCAUCAUCAUCAUCAUCUUCCAGCGACAGCCCAUAACAGCUGACUCUGUAAAUUAUAGCUUAAAAUAAAUGUAUUAAGGACAUUUUCAAAGUUGUGGCUAUUUAAUGAAGAGCUGAUAAUGAUUUAUUGCCUUGCUGAGCUGCUUAGAUCUAAACUUAAAUUUUUCUUCAUCUUUACAGUAUGACUGUGUCUUGUUUGAUUUAUUUUAUCAUGUUCAGGACUCUGAUUAAAACAAGAGUCAGUUAUUGCUCUGUUAGUUCGGUGGAA